CGGUCCCCGCGCAAGCUCCCACCCUUCUAGCCCUCGCGGAGCGCCCUCGGCCCCAAGGCGCGAGCAGCUCCACUCCAGGGAGGUGCGGAGACCGCGAGCGGCCAGCCCACCCUCCGCAAGCCGGAGAGGGACCCCGAGGCCCCGGAGAGACCCAGACUCCAGCCACGUCUCGCUCUGAGCCCGCCCGGCGCGGCUACUGCCAGGACGCCCCCCGACUGGCCGCACGCGCGCUCGGCGGAGACUUGGGGCCACACCUGGGCGCCGCCGCCCAGUGUCUGGCGUACCCGCAUGGGUCCGAGCUGAGUGCCCCGACCGAGAGUCCUGCGCGGGCAGUCGGCCUCCAACCGCCCAGGGGGGAGUCAGACCUGGGGGGGCUAGGGCCCCCCAAACUCGGAUCGGAUCCUACCAGAGUGAGGCGGCGCCAUGGAGCUCCGGGCGCUGCUUUGCUGGGCUUCGCUUGCCGCCGCUUUAGAAGAGACCCUACUGAACACAAAAUUGGAAACUGCCGAUCUGAAAUGGGUGACCUUCCCUCAGGUGGAAGGGCAGUGGGCCACCGAGCUGACCCCCUUCUCUGCACAGUGGGAGGAGCUGAGCGGCCUAGACGAGGAGCAGCACAGCGUGCGCACAUACGAGGUGUGUGACAUGCAGCGGGCCCCGGGCCUGGCACACUGGCUACGUACAGGCUGGGUUCCGCGGCGUGGUGCAGUCCACGUGUAUGCCACGCUGCGCUUCACCAUGCUCGAGUGCCUGUCCCUGCCACAGGCUGGGCGCUCCUGCAAGGAGACCUUCACUGUCUUCUACUAUGAGAGCGAUGCGGACACUGCCACGGCCCUCACACCAGCCUGGAUGGAGAACCCCUAUAUUAAGGUGGACACGGUGGCUGCUGAGCAUCUGACCCGGAAGCGCCCUGGGGCCGAGGCAACUGGGAAGGUGAAUGUCAAGACACUGCGGCUGGGUCCACUGAGCAAGGCGGGCUUCUACCUGGCCUUCCAGGACCAGGGCGCCUGCAUGGCCCUGCUGUCCCUGCGCCUCUUCUACAAAAAGUGCUCCCAGCUGACUAGGAACCUGACGCACUUCCCAGAGACUGUGCCUCGUGAGCUCGUGGUGCCCGUGGCAGGGAGCUGUGUGGCUGAUGCCAUCCCGGCCCCUGGCCUCACCCCCAGCCUCUACUGCCGGGAAGAUGGCCAGUGGGCCCAGCAGCCGGUCACGGGCUGCAGCUGUGCUCCAGGGUUCGAGGCUGCAGAGGGGAACACCAAAUGCCGAGCCUGUGCCCAGGGCACCUUUAAACCCCUGUCAGGGGAGGGGUCCUGCCAGCCCUGCCCGGCCAACAGCCACUCUAACACCAUUGGAUCACCUGUCUGCCAGUGCCGCAUCGGGUACUUCCGGGCCCGCUCAGACCCCCGGGGUGCACCCUGCACAGCCCCUCCUUCUGCUCCACGAAGCGUGGUUCACCGCCUGAAUGGCUCCUCCCUACACCUGGAAUGGAGCGCCCCACUUGAGUCGGGUGGCCGAGAUGACCUCACCUACGCCCUCCGCUGCCGAGAGUGCCGCCCUGGGAGCUCCUGUACACCCUGUGGGGGAGACCUGACCUUCGACCCUGGCCCCCGGGACCUGGUGGAGCCCUGGGUAGCAAUUCGAGGGCUGCGUCCUGACUUCACCUAUACCUUCGAGGUCACUGCCUUGAAUGGGGUGUCUUCCUUAGCCACGGGGCCUGUCCCGUUUGAGCUUGUUAAUGUCACCACUGACCGAGAAGUGCCCCCUGCAGUGUCCGACAUCCGGGUGACACGGUCAUCACCCAGUAGCUUGAGCCUGGCAUGGGCUGUCCCCCGGGCCCCCAGUGGAGCUGUGCUGGACUACGAGGUCAAGUACCACGAGAAGGGUGCAGAGGGCCCCAGCAGCGUGCGGUUCCUCAAGACUUCGGAAAACCGGGCAGAGUUGCAGGGCCUGAAGCGAGGAGCCAGCUACCUGGUCCAGGUGCGAGCGCGCUCUGAGGCCGGGUAUGGGCCCUUCGGCCAGGAACACCACAGCCAGACCCAACUGGACGAGAGUGAGAGCUGGCGGGAGCAGCUGGCCCUGGUCGCAGGCACAGCAGUCGUGGGUGUGGUACUGGUCCUGGUGGUCAUCAUCAUUGCUGUUCUCUGCCUCAGGAAGCAGAGCAACGUGAGAGAAGCAGAGUACUCAGACAAACACGGACAGUAUCUCAUCGGGCACGGUACUAAGGUCUACAUUGACCCCUUCACUUACGAAGACCCUAAUGAGGCUGUGAGAGAAUUUGCAAAAGAGAUUGAUGUUUCCUACGUCAAGAUUGAAGAGGUGAUUGGUGCAGGUGAGUUUGGCGAGGUGUGCCGAGGGCGGCUCAAAGCUCCUGGGAAGAAAGAGAGCUGCGUUGCCAUCAAGACCCUGAAGGGCGGCUACACUGAGCGGCAGCGGCGUGAGUUCCUGAGUGAGGCCUCCAUCAUGGGCCAGUUCGAGCACCCCAACAUCAUCCGCCUGGAGGGGGUGGUCACCAACAGCGUGCCCGUCAUGAUCCUCACGGAGUUCAUGGAGAAUGGUGCUCUGGAUUCCUUCCUGCGGCUGAACGACGGACAGUUCACCGUUAUCCAGCUGGUAGGCAUGUUGCGGGGCAUCGCCUCAGGUAUGCGCUACCUUGCUGAGAUGAGCUAUGUCCACCGAGACCUGGCUGCCCGCAACAUCCUGGUCAACAGCAACCUAGUCUGCAAGGUUUCAGACUUUGGCCUUUCCCGGUUCCUGGAAGAGAACUCUUCUGAUCCCACCUACACGAGCUCUCUCGGAGGAAAGAUUCCCAUCCGAUGGACAGCCCCCGAGGCCAUUGCCUUCCGGAAGUUCACAUCUGCCAGUGAUGCCUGGAGCUAUGGGAUUGUGAUGUGGGAGGUGAUGUCAUUCGGGGAACGGCCAUACUGGGACAUGAGCAAUCAGGACGUGAUCAAUGCCAUUGAGCAGGACUACCGGCUACCCCCGCCCCCAGACUGCCCCACCUCCCUCCACCAGCUCAUGCUGGACUGCUGGCAGAAAGACCGGAAUGCAAGGCCUCGCUUCCCUCAAGUGGUCAGCGCCCUUGACAAGAUGAUCCGGAACCCUGCCAGCCUCAAAAUCGUGGCCAGGGAGAAUGGCGGAGCCUCACACCCACUUCUGGACCAGCGGCAGCCUCACUACUCAGCUUUUGGCUCUGUGGGAGAGUGGCUUCGCGCCAUCAAGAUGGGAAGAUACGAAGAAAGUUUUGCAGCUGCUGGGUUUGGCUCCUUCGAGCUGGUCAGCCAGAUCUCCGCAGAGGACCUGCUCCGAAUUGGAGUCACUCUGGCGGGACACCAGAAGAAAAUCUUGGCCAGUGUCCAGCACAUGAAGUCGCAGGCCAAGCCAGGAGCCUCAAGUGGGACAGGAGGGCCAGCCCCGCAGUUCUGACUUACAAGAAUUCCCACCCCAGGGACACGGCCUCCCUUUCUUCCUGGGGCAGAGCUGGUGGGGACUCACAGAGACCCCAUCCCUGCACCCCACUGGAUUGCACUUUGAACAUAUGGGAGUGGGAGCUGGUAAUUUGGAGAGAUAGGAUUUGGGGCUUCUGCCAUAUGGGAGUGUAGAACUCACACCCUCACCCCCAUCCCUAGGUGGGAACUCCAGACAAGGGUGAGGGGCGUUUCCCUCAGAACUGGGUGUGACCAGAGGGAAGGAAGCGCCCUUAAUCCCCCAGCCUCCCCAGAGGGCUUCCCAGAUGCUUCCCCCUACCUUGAUGGGCGUGUCCCUGCAGACCAAAGAGAGGGUGACAAGCUCACUCAGGAGUGCGUGCUGUCCCAGGAGGCAGGAAGGGGUGUCACGGCCCAGUGCCAAAAUCAUUGGACUUUGAUGUCCCAACUUGCUGCUGUUGCCACGGAACUCAAUCAUUUCUCCCUUGUAAAUGCCCCUCCCCCAUCUGCCACCUUCAUAUUGAAGGUUUUUGAGUUUUAUUUUUUGUUUUUGGUCUUAUUUUUCCAAUCCCCUUCCUCCUGCCUUUGUUUUUUUAUUUUCUUUUUCUACCGUUCUUGUCCUUUUUUGUGUCAGAGGGCACCUGUUUCACUACCACCUCCUUUGCCCAAGCUGAAGCAGGGUCCUGUCCUUGUGUCUUGUUUCCUGAACAGUGCCUUGGUCACGCCACAGCCCCAGAUGUUUGCCUGCCCCCGAGGACCCCCUGAGUCCGAGAGGGGUUGGCAAGUUGAGGUAGUGAAGAGGGGGUGAGGUGGUGGUGGAAACCAGAGACAGACACCGGUGCUUGGAGAGGUUCUUAAAUUAUAUUUAAAAAAAAAAAACAAAACAAACCUUUUUUGUAUAAAUAAAAGAAAACGGGGUGUG